AUGGAUCUUCCUCGUGCCCUAGGCCUGGAGAUCUGUACCACCAUGCAGAAAUCCCACGGGUCGGCAACGUAUCAAGUUAUGGAUGUCUCUGUAAAGAAGCAUAGGGCACUUCGGGUUUUGACGCCUCGGUGCACCCCCUCCCGCAUGAUCUUUCCAUGCAUAACCGAUGGUCACAUGUAUACGUUGUUGCAGACUCAGACCCUAGCCUGUUAUUACAGAGCGUUCCAGUGCCCGGGCUCAGGUACUAUUUACUUGAUACGAGAGUUAUGUAAGGAGCCUCUAGGCCAUCUUAUACAGAGCUAUCGAGACUCCUGCCUUGAUAUGUCUGAGUAUACGGUGUUAAAGAUCGCAAAGCAAAUCCUUGAAGGCUUACACUAUCUUCACGAAUUCAAGCACCGAUCUACUACUGGCAUCUCCCCUAAGACAGCUGCGCCAGCUAGUACUCUUCCCCGCGUGAACGAGCUCAUUCAUGGGCGUCUUCAUCUGAAUAAUGUGAUGCUACGUUGGGAUGGUUCUGUUGCCUUGUGCGAUAUGGCUUACUUGUUUCCAAACAGCACACCCUACAGCUCUAGCAAGUACAGCUUUGCGUCAAAUAUGGACGUAUUUAUUGCACCAGAAGCCCUCGAGAAAGGUACUUGGAGUACCAAGAGCGACAUGUGGUCUCUCGGGAUGCUCAUUUAUACUAUGUGUACUUUGCAAGCACCCGAGGGCAUCUCUCUUGAUACACUUGUUAACACGCUGCAAGAUAAUCCAUUGCUUUCCCACUAUUCUCCACAACUUCGUGAAACUUUGUUUAGUUUGCUUUCCUUGCUUCCAGAUUCACGUCCAGCAGCAGGUGAUCUUCUAAAGUCAUCACUAUUCUCUAAAAUUAAGGACACGAAGAUCGCACUUGAUAACCGUAAUCUUUGCACUACAGAUGCACAGAUACCCUUUUCGGAUUUAACUGAUUUAAUGAGCGCAGCAUCAUCUGGUGACUAUGAUCGGGCCAUAGCGCAUUUAGAUCAAUGUGGUUUGGCGACUUUUCUGGGUAAAACUGCGCUUAUGUACGCGGCUCAGCAUGGACAUGCAGCGCUUAUACCUUUUCUUCUUAGUGAAGUUAGACUUCAGAUUAUCAGUCGCGAUAGUCCUGCCCGUGGUAAGACAGCCCUGAUGUAUGCCGCAUCUAACAACCACGUUAGCGUUGUGUCCCAGCUUAUACCAACUGAAGCAAAGAUGCAAACUGAGCGGGGGAAGACGGCAUUGAUGAUGGCUGCUGAAAAGGGACACGUCCAAGUGAUCGAGCUUUUAGCUCCCCAUGAAAGAGGCCUUCGCACGACUAUAGGCUUAACUUCUCUUAUGCUGGCUAUCAUUCGCCGUAAGUGGACAUCCGUUGAAAUGCUGGUCCCAUUGGAGAAGAAGAUUAAAACUAAGAGUGGAAGCACAGCCCUGAUGGUGGCUGCCAGACGUAAUAUGCCGGAGUCGUUAAAGUACUUAUUACCCGUAGAAGGCCGGAUGACGCGAAGGAAUGGACGAACAGCGCUUAUGCUCGCGGCGGCAGCUGGGGCCGUAGAGUUUGUCAAAGGAAUGAUCGACCUUUCUACCACUGAGCCAUCUAACACACACUUAGAGCAUCGUAUGCGCGAUAAACGGGGAUACACAGCUCUCAUACACGCUGCCCGCAAUGGAAAGGCUACCUGUAUGAGCGUACUCAUUGACGUGGAGCAUGACAUCGUUGAUAAUAAAAAGCGUGGAGUUGUCUAUCAUACUAAAUGCUGGGUACGACAGGCUAAAGAUGGAAAGGAUGUACAAGCAGGAGCUGCAUGCUUGGCUCUGCUGGUUGAAAAGGGGCUUAUCAAAGAUAGUCAGACGAGCACGCUUACGUCUGAUAAAGUAUGCGCAGAAACUGCCAUAAGCCCUAUGUCUGUAUUUAGUCCUGAAGACCGGGUGAGACACUCUUUGAGACUAUCAGCUGUAGCGCCAAGUGAUGAGCUUCAGGAUCUAGCAAUUUUUGAGGCCGAAUCUUCUAUGGAUGCCUCUCUCAUUUUUCUACAGGCAGACACAUCCUCGAGCAGUUCUGGCUAA